GAUCUCACCGGGCGUGAAAACUGCGAGAAGCUUGUAUGUCUGGGCAUGGAGGAAUACGGGCAUAUUGAUGCGAUCUACAAUAAUGCAGGAAUGGCAUACUUUGGCUGGAUGGAUGAAAGCAAAGAUGAGGACUGGUACGAGACAGUCGAUCAAGAACUUAGCCUGGUUUAUCUCCUCACUCGAGUUGCAUGGCCGCAAAUUAAGGUGUCCGGGGCGUCGGGUAUCAAUGUUGGCUCUGUCAACGGAUGAGUUGCCGUUGAGCAUGUUGCGGUGAAGGACGGCAUCAUAGCCAUGACAAAGGAGCUGGCAAUGAAAGGGCGUACUCAUGGCAUUAGGGGCAACUCGGUUUCACCAGGGGUCAUUGAGACGCUCCAGACAGCACCAUUGACG